GUCCAGGCUAAGUGACAGGACACAAAAUCUUUCUGCAUUGUGUAUUUCCAGUGUCACCCAAGAUGGCAUAUUAUACUUUAGCUUUUAUAUAUUUGCUGUGUACCCUUACUGAUGGAGCAGUUGCAUCUUCCCCAACAAGAGACCAGGUUUUAUAUAUCAAGCUUAAAUCAGAUGAAGAGAUUCAAGUUAUCAAACAAAUAUCCAACCAAUAUCAGGCAGUUCUGUGGCAACCAAGCUCAAUUGAUGCUAUCGGAAUCAACAAUGAAAUCCACCUUUAUAUCAAUGCAACUAAUAUUGAAGAGGUGAAGACACAGCUGGCUACACGAAACAUCACAUACAGGGUAAUGAUUGAGGAUGUUGAACAGCUCAUAAAAAAACAAAAACACACAAAUCAGGUAUUUCGACCCCGUGGCAUUUCUUCUUACUAUGAAGCGUAUCAUCCAUUGCAAGAGAUUUAUUUAUGGAUGUCACAAAUUAUAAGAGCAUAUCCAUCCUUCAUUCAAAGAAUACUUAUCGGGCCAUCAGCUGAGAAACGUCUAAUUUAUGUCUUAAAGAUUUUCAGAGGUGCUGACACGCCAAAAGGUGCGUUGUGGAUUGACUGUGGUAUUCACGCCCAGGAAUGGAUAUCACCUGCAUUCUGCCAGUGGCUUGUGCAAGAUCUUUUAGAUACCAAGGACCAUGUGACCACUGACAUUUUAAAUUCAUAUGAGAUAUACAUCCUCCCUGUAUGGAAUGUUGAUGGCUACGAUUACACAUGGACAACGAAUCGUUUUUGGAGGAAGAACCUUUCCAAGCAUAAUAUGGGGCAAUGCAUUGGUACUGACCUAAACCGCAACUGGGAUGCAGGCUGGGGUGGUCAUGGUACAUCAAACAACCCAUGCAGUGAAAUAUACCGUGGACAAUACCCAGAGUCAGAACCAGAGGUGAAAGCUGUAGCUGCUUUCAUUAGACAGAGAUCUGAUCACAUCAAGUGCUAUAUCUCAAUACAUUCGUACUCUCAAAUGAUUUUGUUUCCAUAUUCCUACAAAACAUCCAAAUCGAAGGAUCAUAUUGAGUUGAAUUACUUGGCAAGGAAGGCUGCCAGUGCUCUAAGGUCAUUGCAUGGGGUCAGGUACACAUAUGGGAACUCAGCAGAAACAAUCUAUUUAUCUGGUGGAUGUUCGGAUGACUGGGCUUAUGACUUGGGCAUUAAAUAUUCAUUUACUUUUGAACUUCGUGAUACUGGGAAAUAUGGCUUUUUACUCCCACCUGAACUAAUAAAACCAACUUGUGAAGAGGCCAUAAUUGCUUUGAAAGAAAUCCUACACCACACCGUUCAAAAUGCUUGAACAACAUUGAUUAUUUUUUCAUGAACAUCAACAGAAAUGUUUGGAUGCAACUGUUCUCUGGCUUUUUUUAUGUGCAUGUACUAUAAUUUUGCUAGUUUACAAUCCAUUCCAGACAAUACUGUCAAUUUUGAAUCAAAAUAUUUUAAUUCUCCAAUUAUUUGAAUUUAACAAAUAUGUAAAUUUAGUGCUUAAAAUUUGAAUUAACUGACUGAAUUAAAAGUGUACACUAUUUAGUUUUUGGGCAGCGAGUUUCUGCAGGAGAUCAGCUAUGAUUUAAACUAGUUAGAUGUAUAUAUCUGAGAGAAAGAAUCAUGUUUAGUGAGAUACCAAAGGAAUUCCUUAGAUACUAAUACUGAGGCUGUUGCAAUGACCUAGGAAUUAUAUUUUUGGGGAUGCUUCUAAUAGAACAGGAAAAAUUUUCCUUAUUAAUCUAUUUUUGACUAACGUUUGAAGACAAAACAUUAUUGACCUGGCCGUGGCAUCAUGGAGCAUCUUCAAUAGUUUUGUCAGAAGAAAAAUUCCACAUUUGGAUUUUAAACUCCCUCUAAAUUUGACAAAUGUGGAGACUCCAACAUGUAACAUUGGUCGGGGAACUGCAAAGGAAAAAAAUUUUAAAAGAUGGUAAACUUCUUGUCUGAGAUGAAUGUACAAUGGCUCAGAAAGCAGCCACUGGAGAUUUAGAACAAAUGCUGCAAGAUCUUAAACACAAUAAUAAAUUGAUGGAAGAUGUUA